AGGGCGGGGGGGGCAGGCUUCUCUGUUAUACACAGGUCCAUCCAUCUGACCUGCCAGAGAUUGCAAAAUGAAAUGAAGAGUUUCAAGGAAAGGACGGUAGUGUGGCUCUGUAUAAGGGAUCCGUUCCGGGAAGCUCCGUGCCCAGGAAUGAGAGGAGCCGAGGAUGAGAGAGCAGGAGCCUGUCCUGGUGCUUCUCUUCUACACUGAAAACCAGGAGGGCAGGAAGGCACCACUUGCAUUUUGGAGCUACGUUCUCAUCCCUCUGUCAACUGCCAAACUAAAAAGAUGCCAAAGGGGCACCGACAUUUCCAUGGCAACACCAAAGCUUUGCUGACCCGGAGCAGGCUCCUCUGGGUUCUCCUUUUUAAACUACUGAUGUUGAUAAAUGUCUCUGUCCCCUGCCCGUCAAAGUGUCGCUGCUUGGUAGACAUUGGACUUGUGCAUUGUGACUUCUUAUCUCUCCAGGGGAUUCUGGAGGAUGUCCCUCAGUGGGUCCGAAACCUGUCACUCGUAGGCAGUGAUGUAAAUGUUCUCCGUCCAGAGACUUUCCAGAGGAACGGGACCCAACUGAGCAAUUUAACCACCCUUCUCUUAAUAAACAGCAGCAUCCAAGCCAUAGAAGCCCUGGCAUUCCAGGAGCUUCCAAGCCUCACCACCUUAGACUUGAGCUUUAAUCGCUUGACUGCCAUAGCCGAUGAUGCAUUUGAUGGAGCCAGUCAACUGAAAGUCUUAAAACUUAAUCAAGCUUUCCAAGCUCCAGCCGUAAAACCUUUGCUUAACUCUCACUGGACAAAACCUUUGGGAAACCUUAACCAACUUGAACUGACCGGUAAUGCUUUGCAUUCUAUACCCAACUUGGUCUUCCAUCUGGAGAACUUGGAGACAGUGAACAUUGGAAAUAAUGCCAUAAAGAGGUUCGAUGAGGACACAAUCUUGAACUUAUCCUUCAAAAAGCAACUUGGGCUUUAUUUAAGCCCCAACUCUUUUGUGUGUGAUUGUCGGAUGACUAAGGGGUUUCUGUGGCUCAGGAAUUCCUCCCAAGCAUUGGACGCUCAAAGCCUCAAAUGUUAUGCCCCAUCGAGCCUGAAUGGCACUGAAGUCAUGAGUUUGAAAAUAGAGGAUUUUAAGUGCAUAAACGAAGACCUGGAAACAGCAUCUUAUGUCUUCUUUGGCAUAGUGUUGGCUCUUAUCGGGGUCAUCUUCCUCAUGGUCCUGUACCUCAACAGAAAGGGCAUAAAGAGGUGGCUCAACAACAUCAGGGAAGCCUGUAGAGACCAGAUGGAAGGCUACCACUACCGAUAUGAACAAGACUCAGAUCCCAGAAGGUCCAAUGCUUCCAUCGGCAUUUAGAAAGUGUAUUCCAGGAAUACACUUUCGUAUUGGCUUUAUUUAUUACAUUGUUACCCUUGAGGGAAUUGGGGGGAGGUAGAUCAACCAGUUCUGGAGGUUCUUUAGGAGGAUUUUGUUUUUAAUGAGACAUUUCUUGCAAUAGGGACAAUUUUACUCUCUCCUCCCCUCAAUGAUCUGCUGGUGAGUAAAGUUUUUCAUGGAAUGCAUCCAAUUUUGAUGGUUUAGGAUUUUGCCCAGUUCCAGCACUUGCUACUCUUGUAUAAAGGAUAUGGGCCAACAUUAUAGCACAGCACUAACUCACUGUAGAAUGUAUCCGCUAAACGCAACACGUCUCAUUUUUCUACAUGAUCCAUUUUACCCACAGAUAUACCCAUCCUAUUAGCAAUGGCACCAGGUAGGUGGCCACGAUUGGUAUCUAACCACAUAUUACUGGGCAUUUUGUAAAUAUCCUUUAUUCACCACCAUAGAACAAGCUUUUAAUGGGAUCUAGUAGAAAUAGUAACUUACGACACAGAGUUCAUCAAUUAGAGAAAAUUAAUUCAUAUUAAUUAUAAUAUUGCUUAUUAACAGGUUACAGCUCGGAAACAUCUCAGAUCCAGCUAAUGAUACAGGAUAGGAGGCUCCAUCUAUAGUUAAUUUGCAUAAUAUCACUGUAUUGAUGAUAUCAAUGUACUUUUAGACCGUGUAACAAAUAUUCUAGAGGAUAUAGACAAUGAACCCAUACUUAAUUACCCCCACUAUAAAACAUACAAAUGCCCCUAUGUCUCUUUAUCUAUGAACCUCUCAGUAUUUGGGUUGCAACUUCCAACUUUUUGUGUUGGGAUUCCAGGUGAAGGAUCAAACCAAAGCACAAGACUUCACACAAAUAUCAUUGUUCUUUUUUUGCUCACGUUACUAAAGCCGACAUAGAAACGGAGACACAGCCAUAUCUGGUGCAAGUUGAGGGGCUGGGGGGUGACGAUGAAUAACAACAUUGGGGGGGGUUCUGUAUUCUAAGCCACUUUUACUGCACAUAUUUUCGGGAUAGCGCAGCCAACCUCACGCAUGUAGCCAUUGAUUUAUAUGCAUUAAACUGAAUGAAUUUACUUGCACUUUAAAAAAUAAACCUCGUUGUUAGGCUGGAAAUGUAAAUGCAUUUGCUUCCAAAAAUGAAGCUGAUUCCAAGUAAUAACUAAUGAUGAUAAUAAAAUCGUUCAUUGCUCAAAAA